AUGGAUUGGGCUACGUAUUCUCGCUCCCCCCUCCUCGCUCUCACUAUUGACUUUCGUAAAGCGUACGACCUCGUCGACCGAGAUUUUCUCCUGCAAUCUCUUUCCCACCUGGGUCUACCCCCUCCAUUUGUCCACUGGGUACGCCUCAUGCAUUCCGACACCUCCACGUGCAUUGCCGUCAACAGCCUUGCGGGUCCGCUAUUUCCUGUCCACACUGGUGUUCGCCAGGGCUGCCCACUGGCCCCCCUUCUCUUUGUCUGUGUCAUCGAGAUCUUCCAUCGGUACAUGUCCCUACACCUUCCAGGUUUUCCCCUGUCUCCUGUGACUCGCCGUCUCAUGGCCUGCUACGCGGACGAUGUGACCAUCUUCCUUUCGUCGAACGAUGAACUCGGUUCCGCACCUGCUCCACCUGACACCCUUACUCGCCUCGACACCUCCGUUGGCAAUUUCUUGUCCUCCUCCCGCUACAAGGAAUCUGGUGUAGCGGUUCGCUUGAUUCCUCGCCGAAUUCUUUUCAACUCCCCUCGAGACGGGGGUCUCGGUGCCAUCGCGCCUUCCACACAACUCCGCGCCCUCUCCAUCCAACGCGCAUUACGACGGUUUGGGGUGUCCCCCUCUGAGGAGGUCGCUAGGAAUGCUGUCGCCCUCCCUUUCGGUACCCAUGCUUUCCUAUCCCACCCUGCAAUUCUGCAUCCUAAGGUUCUGUCCCCGUCCAUCCCCCAACGUGCGCUCGCAGAACUCCGCGCCUUUUUGUCUUUGUCACCUACUGUCCUACCCCAUCGGAUGUCACCUCUCUGUCUGCUCGCCGAACCCACAGCCUUCAACCGCUUCAUCCUCAAACCCAACGGAAAACCCUUCGGCCUUAUUCGUCGGGAGAAGUUCCUCCUUAGACAGCAGGUCCGCCUUGGCGACAUUUGCAAUGCCACGUUUAACGGCUUGGAACCCAUCUCUCCGGAGGUUUUCGCUGUCAAGUUCCCACCGUCUCGUUUUCAAUCUGGUCGUCGUGUCCUACGCGAACUCGUCGCGGCUAUUCCCCCUUCAUGGUCGGCGGCGCUCCGUGCCCCCACCAAUGCUGCGGCAUCUCCUGGGGAUUGGCUCAUCCUCUCCCAGGAACUUCACUCCACCCCUACGCUUGCACUGCAGGUCUCCUCGUUCACCCCGCCACGGACUCUCUCUGUGACCUUCUUCCGGAUCCUCCCACACCGUCUCAUUGAUCGGACCCCCAUUGGCUCCAGCAUUGUUCACAUUAAGGACGUUGCGGCUGUGCACACCCUGGAUCGCUGGGUAGCAGGGCCGUUUCAUACAGGUGCAGGGCUAGGCGCGCGUUUGGAGCUUCUCCACGAUGGCUUCCCAGAUCUCGCCUCUAUCCGUCGUCUCCUCUAUUCGCCGCAGCAGCUUGACCACGAACUUCGUUGGACACGCGUACUCACAUCCUCUCCUCCCCCUUUUCUUCCUAACCUUUCCCACGACUUUCUUCGGGAGCAACCCAGCUUGCAACGAGACCUCCUUUUUCACCUCUACACUCGGACCCUUCCUUCGGGCGCACGCUUCCAAUUUGCCGCCGACAGGGGACGCUGCUCCCUUUGUGCAUCCGGAGACAUCGAAACCAUCUCCCACAUCUUCUUCAACUGUGGUAUCGCUCCAGCUGUUAUAUCCUCGCUGGGCUCGGUCGCCCGCCGUCACCUUGGCUGUUCGCCCCCCGACGAGCUUCUCCUUUUUCCUCUCCGUGAGAGAGUUGGACAAUCCGCUCCCUGGAGUCUUCUUGUGGGUGCAGCUGCCAAGGGAACCUGGAACGCAAGAUGUGAAAAAAAAUUCCACGACUCGUCCUCCACCAAGUUUGAAGUGCUCCAACUCAUCCUCGCCCAAUUUCUUCUCGCCUUCAAGAUUUUUUUAUGGAGAAGGUCCGCUCAGUCUGCUAAGAAACAACAACGUUCCGCCUCCCGCAUCAAGACCGCCACCCGCCUCCGCUUCAUCUGUUUUGAUGCCUCUGGCGUCCCCUCCAUCCACCCUGCCCUCCGCGCCUCGUGGCUUCUUUGCAAUCCCUUCCGCCCCCCAUAG